CUGUUUGUAUGUCAGCGGAUAGAUCCCAACGGAGGGAGAAAAUGGCCGAUGCUUCAGUGUUUAGCACAACAUUGCUGAAGAUUGCCUAUUUCCCACGGUGAAUGACCCCAUGCUUCUGAUUUCUCUGUCAUGGAGAAACCAUCAGGUGUAGCGACAACUGCAUGUGUGCUUAGUGUUGUUUACUGUACGUCUUGAUAGAAACAGGGAAGUCUGCAAAUAGAUGCACUGAACGACGAAGCACGUCUUCCAGAAUCGGAAAUACCAAAUUCGUAAGAUUAGCUUUCUUUCUGGUCCAGGUGCAAGAGUUUGCAGGAUGUCAAGCUCAUAGGGAGAGAGUUCUUCUGAUAUUAAUAAGGCAUGCUGUUAGAUGCAGAGUCCUUGUCUUUUCAUAUGUGGAGAAGAAAUCCAGAAAUUGAGAAUGCACAGCAUUUUGCACAUGCAGCAGCGUCUGUGAAAGUGACACAUAAAGUGUGAUCCGAGCCUUGGCUGUUGUUUGGGAACUCAUCACCAUGUCCGGACAGAACUCUUCCUCGAAAACCGUGGCAGCCAUACUCAAGCAGCAUCAAGAUCUUGUUGCUGCGAGGGAGAUCACGACCAAUCAGCAGCACCAGCUCCCUCCGUCUCAACAAAACAAGAAGAAAACAAAACAGAAAACAGUGCACAAGCAAGCGCACAUCAUUAAUCAUUUAACUGCUGUAAAGAAUAGGAAUAUCCAAUCAUCGAAUGUGGCCUCUGUGUCGCAAACAGUGAAUCGCACCUCGGUAGCAUCGGUGUCACAGCAGGAGGAGCUGGGCCUGGGGAAGGAGUCGAAACCAACAACCACAACAAAAGCCUCCUCUUUGAGUCGCGAUUUGUCACCCUCCCGGAUCACUGCUCAAAUGAAAAAAGUCAUGCCGGAUCCAUCCUCGGCGCACCCGAACCUGCUGCUAUCUGCCCUGCAAGGCAAUAUGCCCGACCCCAUGGGCCUCUUCACCCCAUCCAAACCAGAGAGCAUCAUGGUCUCCACUAUAUCCGACGUCCACAACACGGCGACAGAGAACUGGAAAACCACGGUGCACUCAUCUAAAUCCCCCGUAGACUCGCAACUGACAACCACUGUGUUUAGUAACUCUCUCACCCCUGUGACUGUCUUCUCUUGUCCAGAAGAGACCAAUGUAAAGAGUAAAAGUGCUUCAAAUAACAGCCCCAACUUGCCCACAGUGGAGAAUUUACUAGCCCUGUCCGCCGGCACGAUUCAAACCAUUAAUGUAUCUCACGUGCCAAAAGCAACCAUUCCAACCACAUCCAGCAGCUUAGGGGCGGUGUCGGAGAACACAACGCCUGGCACCUCCUCCUCUCCUAGCGUGUCAACACGCAAUGCCAUGGAAGUGGCGCAACAGAUCAGGAUGGAGGCCAAUGGACAGAGUGCUAGUGCGCUGCGCACCGGCAUGCAGCAACAGCUUCGCUCGCAGAUCCAGGGCUCGCGGAGCAUCGAUGCACAUCUUGCUAGUCAGCAGAACCCUGUCACUGUCGCCAAAGUGUCAUCCCAAAAAGCUGCACGUCAUGAAAAAGAACAAAAGCCACUGGAGGUAAGCAUGCCAUUGUUGGCAGCCAAACUAGCGCCCUCAUCAAUUCCAGGCUCAACAGCUGCUGGGUCAAGAGCAUCCCUUCAUGUGAAGCAGUCCACGGCUGUCGGGGACGCCCCGCUGUUGCUGUCAUCGCUGACACCGUCAGGUGCCACUGCCAUUGUUGUGCCGACAUCUUCGGUGGCGAAAGUUUCUAGGAAAUCUCCGCUCCAGAAGGUGAGCGAGUCCGGUAAUUUUGAGGAGAUGAAGAAGCAACUGCAGAUGAACAAACAGACGUCUUCGCAGGUUGGAAAACAAGUCCCUCAGUCGUUGGCCCAGGAGGAAGUGGUGCUUAGCAGCUCCGACAUCGAAGGUACGCUGGCUGCUGUGUCUGCGGCUGCUGAUCAAAUAUGGGGGCUGGGUCACGGUAGUCCACGAAUGGAAUUGUCGCAAGUUUCGGCCGCUUUUGACAUGCAUCCUCAGCUGGAGAAAAUGGCAUCUCGUUCGUUGACUUCGAAUGCAUUACUGGAGCACACCGCCCAGACGGAUCAUGCCUCCAAGGCAGAUGGCCAGUCACAGACGAGGAAUGAGUUGGUAAGUCACAAGCUCAACUGGAACACAACACUUCCUGUCAGAGGUGUGAACUUUGACCAGCGAAAGACGCCACCCGACAAGAGAGUGAAAUAUGAGGUGGUAGAAGAUCACAGAGGGCUAGGGACAAACCAGCAGACAUCGCCAGCCAUGUCCAAAUAUGGGGCCGGUGAUUCCAAACUGACAGCUAUUGACGUUGAUCUCGACGUAGGGCACUUGCCCUCUAUUGUGGCAGAGGAGGCUAUUCACAUUUCUAAAACUGUUUCAAGUGCAGGGCAGAAAAUGCACGCAAAUUUGUCUGUGGUCAACGUGAAAGAUUCUUUCCCGGCCACCAGCCAUUUUCUCCAAUCGAGCCACAUUCCCAUCUCGGUAAACAAUGUGAGUGGUUCUAGUUCAGUCCCUUCAACCAUGGCAGCAGGGAAAAGUUUAUCAGACGCUUCGGCUAGUAUGGCAGGGGAGGUAAAACUUUUGUCAGGGUCGUCACCCUUUGUGGCCGGUGUCUCCCCCAUGCACUCUGCCAUGGGCAGCUCAUCGUUGCCUCGAUCAAAUCCCGUCAUGUUCUCUGCAGCUCCAAUGUCUUCCUCCUCCUCUCACACGGGAAUGGCCUCAUCCAACCCGCCGGCGUAUGAAUCAUCUUCGCUACCACCGCCAUACUCCCACCCCGCCCACAGCUUUGCAGCACCAGAUCACCAUAGACACAACCCCGUGAGCGGGAAAGACUCGAACCACAACCCAUUCACAUUCCCCACCUCGGGUCUGACCGUGAUCUCUGACAGCUCGGGCCACGGCUUCACAGCGUUCGCGUUGAGGUCGGGGACCGGUGACGGUCCGGCACGGUCACUUCCCGAGGGGAGACUGGCGUCCACGGUACUGAGCAAGGCCCACUCAGACACGUCGGCGUUGAACCACAGCCAUAAACACAACAACUCGGUGCCGACCGAGGCUAUUCCCAGGCUGGUGCCUGAGGCUAGUGUCAAGCUGGAGGAGUUACAAGGUUUUAACCACAUCCAGGAGGCAAAGAUGCAGGACGAGCUCUUGCCCAUCCAGCCGUUUAACCAAAGGAUCAGCAACCUGUCAUGUUUCCCGGUCAUGAACUCCACCUACCGUGCUGCUUACCGCUCCCAUGCUGUGGCUGUACAGAGGGCCAGGGCUGGGGUGAUCAUGAGCACAGCCAAGUCCCUAGAUGUCCUGAGGCAGAAUCUCCAACGUAACAUCAACAAAGAGAUCAGCGAGAUCAUCAAGAGAUACACAGAUAAAUAUUUCCAGCCAGCUUUGGAAAACAUCCGACUGAACAACAACGAGGGUUCUCUUGGAGAUGAGCACAUUAACUACGUCUGUCGCCAGAUUCUGGAGGAGGCCAAGUCGGAGUACAUGUCCAUGUCGGGCCGUCGCAGCGCCACUCCGUCAGACAUCCCAGACAACGUGUCGGACAGUGGUAGCACCAGCGGCAGGCGCACGUUUCUGAAGCGAGGAAGGAUCUCGGACAGCGACUCUGAGCGAGGCAGCGAUGGAGGCUUUAAGAGGAAGACUGUUAAGAGAAAAGGACGUCCACCUGUCCACAGCUCAGGAAGAGCGACCCCGUCCAAGCAACCUGUGAAGAGGGAAGGGCCUCGGUGGGACCCGGUGCGGCUCAAGCCAGACACUCUGUUUGUGAUGGGGGCCAGAGCCAACAAGGCGCUCGGACUGGGCAACACUCGAGGCAGAUUGUACAUUCGACAUCCGGAAGUCUUCAAGUAUGUGGGUGACCAGGAGGACAAGCUGUGGCUGUACGAGCACAACCUGAUGCCCGCGGCCGGCGGGAAGGCGUACAUGUUGCUGCUGGAGGACAUUGAGGAACUGAGUCGUACAGACGAGUACAAGGACAGCCCCAGCCUGAUGAUGCAUGAGUGUGUGGGCUUCACGGUGCCUGAGUGGAUGCUGGUCAAGAUGAAGACCCAGAUGAACGCGCUCAGGUCGGACAAGAAGCCCACCACCUACAGCUCUCCGGGGCCCACUGAGGCUGAGGAGAAAAAUCAGAAAAUUCUGCCGUUUUCCUCAUUUACUGAGGUCAGCAUCAAAGAUGAGCCCCAGCUGUCCCCGGCCGACACUGAGAUGGACUUCCUGUCCACGGCAGACAAUGAGGACACUCAGCCCUCGUCUGCCGUCUCGCCGUUCACCGUGACUGGGGGCUUUGAGGACGGGACGUCCCCGUCUCCCUCCGACCUUGACCCCAUAGAGGAGACCUCGGGUCAUCACCUCUUCUCAUAGUGUCAUACAUUAUACCACUUUCCUUGAUAGAUUGUUUUUGUUUAUUUUUUUUUUCUACUUUGUGUGUGUGUGUGUCCCCUGUCCCAAAUGGAUGCCCAUGAGAUUCCCUCGCGCCUGGGGAGGACAAGGUUCUACCUUCUUUUCUUCCACCUGUCCGGAAACGACGUUGGAAAGUUUUUGCUUUCGUGAUGUUUUUCAGAAACAAAUUUCGCCAUUUUGGUUGAACAAAAAUUACUUUAGGAACUAGCCCGUUUCUGGUGCUUGCGGUGAAGAAGACGUGUUGAAAUUAUGCUGGUUUACAUACUUUUUGCGUCAAUUUUAAGUGUUUAUUAUACAUUGACCUCAUCAAUGCAAACAUAAAAAAGUGAUGGGGAGUUGAAAAGAUUGUUUACCGAGUUGAUGCUACUGCUAGUUCUGGCAAGUGUAUUUUUUAUUUAAAUAGAAUUUGCUGACGAGUUUUGUUAACUACGCUGCCUGACAAAAUUUUUGUCUUCCAUUAACUCACUCACCACCCACACCCGCAACUGUUGCGGGUAAAGUAGCUCCGACGUUAUAAUACCACACCUGCAACCCUAGCAGUUCCGCAAUUUGGAAUUUUUUUUUCUCACGUUAAAACCGCACAGUUUGCGGUACUGGUUCGUCUUUUUCGUAGCCCAUUCGAUUAGUUCAAUUAUCUUUCAUUAGAAAGAAACGAAACCAAAUUCGAAUGAGCGCAAGUUGAGUUAUUGACUUUUACGACAACCACCAUUAGAACUGAAUUUACCAUUACGUUUCCCACAAUGGCUGAUCACUUGUCUUUUGACUGUUUUUAAACCUUUGACGACCAAAGUGACUCAGAAACCGAUGAAUUGGUCGAAGAUUGUCAUAACAAACUGGGAGGAGAAAUUUGCAAAGAAGGGUGAGGUUUAGUAGGGCCCCCAAAACCUAGAUCUAGGGUUACAAUAGUGGGGAAGGGCGUGAGUAAAAAAGGCAGUUUUUGACCUAUUUUUGAAAACUUUUGAAAAAAAAGAAGUAACUGUAAAACAAAGCUAGUGUAAUUUCUUCUGGGCAAUCUUUAUUUUUUCAAAAACAAUGUUCCAAAUUUCAAGUCUCUAUGAAAUGACUCUUGUCUAUAAGUUGGGCUCCAUCAAGCAGUCAGACUCGGCCAUCGAGCUGUGUGGCUCUGUCUAGCAGUUAGGUUCGGUGUGGUAUGGCCAUCUAACAGUUAGGUUCGGUGUGGUAUGGCCAUCUAGCAGUUAGGUUUGGUGUGGUAUGGCCAUCUAACAGUUAGGUUCGGUGUGGUAUGGCCAUCUAACAGUUAGGUUCCGUGUGGUAUGGCCAUCUAACAGUUGGGUUCCCUGUUGUAUGGCCAUCUAACAGUUAGGUUCCGUGUGGUAUGGCCAUCUAACAGUUAGGUUCCGUGUGGUAUGGCCAUCUAGCAGUCGGUCUCCAUGUGGCGCGCCGUCUAACAGUGAUGGUGGGUGGAGAUAGAACCUUGUUGCUCCCAGGGCUGGGCCUGCCUGCCAUGUGCUCUGCUGUGAUGACUAUGAUGAUAAUGAUGAUAAUGACGACGACUAUUAUAUUCGCAAGGACAGCGACAAUGACCAAGUAGUUUUUUCUUCUUCUCAUAAUUAUUUUGCCGACAUUUCUUCUGAUUUUGUGUCAGUCUAUGUAAGGACCUAGUGAGGUGAAAAGUCCUGCCAGACGUUUUCUGUCUCCCACUCGCUGUUGGUGUGGUUAACGGGUCACUCGCUUUUGAAUUUAGUACAAGUUUAUGGCACUUGUAACACAACUAGGUUAUAGAAGUGGGGGAGAUUAGAGGUGCCGAUUGAGAGUGACAUACAAAGAUGAGGAGAGAUUUAAUAAGGAUGAUAGAUAUUGGGUUGGAAAGGAGCAAAUCACACCUACCAACCACCCACUUGCUGUUGGAAUGGUUUAGGGGUUUUUAGGACCAUGUUUUUCAAAGGUUACAGUACAAUGCAUAAUGAAUCACACCAGUGAGCUCCCCCCCCCCCCCCCCCCCCUUUUUAAAAUAAAAUUCCUGUGCAUGCUCAUAGGAAGCAAAUAUCUUACUUGUUACUGACUGACAGUACGACAUUUUUCCAAGGGUUACAGUGCAUAAUGUAUUACAUCAGCAAGUUAUUUUAUUUUCCUUCAUUUUUUUUUUCUUUCUUCUGCUCUUGACACAAGCAUGUGAUUUAGAGCACAUGGAAGGAACCUUCGGACCUACACGCACACUCCCAUGUCUGUGUGCAUUGCUAAUUGUACAGGAUUGUUUCGCAGCACACGCUCAUAGCCACAGAUUGGUUGACGACGUAUUUUGCUGUACAGUGGACAAAAUCAAUUCUCUUGUCAGAAUACUAGAUUAUAAUUUCAUACAAGCUC